AUGAGACUCACCGGCCUCGUUCUCGGCCUGCUGGCCGCGUCGUCGACGGUUCUCGCCGUCGCCGCGGAACCCGAGUACGACUCUCGAACCCAGGAGAGCGUGAGGCAAUACCUGGACGAGUACAUCAGAGACCUCCAGGAGGGCUUCCACCUAGACCCCCAGAACCGUCCUUACAAGACGCACAGGAUGCUCACGGAGUCGACGUGCAUCCAGUCGGUGGCCAUGUGCGCCACCACUUCCUUCUGGCUCCGGGACCACAUGCAGAUUGACAACAAGACCAUCAUAGCCAUCAGCUUUGACGACGAAAAAGUGCGUCAGGUCGUCAAUUUCUCCCCGGACGUCGUGUACAUCCAAAUCACCGAGACGACGUCCCACCUGGACGGCACCACCAAGGGAUGGACGGCGGGCGCAAGGCUGACGGCCAAGGGAAUCAAGGGCACCCUGGGAGCCCUGGGUGGUUUUGCGCCGUCGCUCCUCGUCUACGGGAACUACUCGAGCGCCAGGAGCCAGCAGGAUGAACAGACGAAAUCCAGCUCCGUCGGGUCAUCGUGCAGGCCCGGACACGUGUGCGACAUUAUCAAGGUGACCUUUGCCGCCACCACCAAGGGGAACUGCAAGCGCACGGCGCACUUGGAGUGCAAUGGACAUGAAGAGAACGUCUGCGGGAAGGGCAAGACGUACGGGUGCUCGCAGCGCAUCUCGUACCAGCAGGAGCAGUGCCGCGACGCGGACGAGGCGUUUCCCUGCACCGUCACGAUGCCGGUGCAGGACGCGUCUGGUCGGCCGCUCGUCAAGCUGCUCAGCAUUUCCUCCAAGCUGCGCACCGGGUCGUCCGGGGACAAGGCGAGCCGUCUGAGGGCUCAUGCCCGGCGGGGGGGCGCUGACGAGGACCCCAUCGUCGAGUUUAUCAAUUAA